CUGCAAUUGGGCUACAGAGAACGAGAACGGCACAAUGGAACGGAUGGUGUUUGAAUGUGAUAAAAAGUAUUUAGCCAGAGCAAAUAAUCUGUGAAACGUUUAACAUACAUAUUUGUAAAAUAAAGUCACUCCUAGCAACAUUCCAAUAACAUAACUGUGUGAUAAACCAAAAUAUUCAAUGGAUUUGAAAAACUUGCAUAUCAGUGAAAAGCUGGUUCCCCAAAACUAUCUACGACUAGCACAAGAUGCGCAAAAAGCUAAGGAAACAGCACGACGAGAGUUGCUGGAGAAGCGUAAGUUACCUGUGCAUGGUUGGCCAGAUGCACAUAUCGAAGAGAUGGUGCAACAGCUGGCGUCGCUGGAUAGUAACAAUUUCCCAAAAAAAGCAGGCGUGGGCGAACGCGAAGCUCGCAUAGCAUGCCCGCUUGUGGCUCGCCGCCAUUAUAAUUUCGGCCACGGCAUAGGGCGGUCGGGCGAUUUGUUAGAAGCACAACCAAAAGCGGCUGGUUCAACGCUAAUGGCGAAUCUAACAAACUCCCUAUUAUUGGAUCUCAUACAUGAAAUGGGAGUGCGGAGUUGCCGUGCCUGCUUCCUUUCGCCACUUGCCACUGGCAUGUCACUGCUGCUAUGUCUACUAACGCUACGGCAAAAACGACCUGCAGCCAAAUAUGUGCUAUGGUCACGCAUCGAUCAGAAAUCAUGCUUUAAAAGCAUAAUUACAGCGGGUCUCACGCCGCUUAUUAUCCAGCCGAGACUUGCAGAUAACGGCGCACUCUCAACAGACUUGCCAUCAUUCGCGCGUAAAGUGGAAGAAGUAGGGGCCGAGAAUAUACUCUGCUUUUGUACAACAACCAGUUGCUUUGCACCGCGCAAUUGUGAUGACAUCAUUGAAGUGGCAAAAUUGGCUACUCAGCAUGCAGUUCCACAUCUAGUUAAUAAUGCAUAUGGCUUACAAAGUACCCACCUCACCCAUCAGCUAGAGCAAGCGCAGAGGUUGGGGCGGCUGGAUUUGUUUGUACAGAGUACGGAUAAAAAUUUAUUGGUUCCCGUUGGUGGCGCCAUCAUUGCAGGUUUUGACGAAGAGCUUGUACGCAGUGUUGCCAAAGCUUAUCCGGGACGCGCUUCAUCGUCGCAAACGCUCGAUGUAUUUAUGACGCUAUUGUCGCUGGGACGUGUGGGUUAUAUGAACUUUGUAAAGGAACGAAAGACAAAUUUUGAAUAUCUGCGCGAAUGCAUGCACAAAUUUGCGCAAGAGCAUGCGGAGCAUGUGGUGGAAACAAAAGGCAACCCAAUUUCGCUGGCACUAAGUUUAAGCCAAUUGCAAGAUGUUGGCGGCGAGUUAACCAAAUUUGGGUCAAUGUUGUAUACGCGCGGUAUUUCGGGUGCGCGCGUUUUAACUGUGGGCGAUACCCGCAAAAUUGAAGGGCAUGAGUUUGUUAAUUGGGGCACACACCACUCGGACACUUCCACUGCUUAUUUAACAAUGGCCGCCGGAUUGGGUAUUACAAAAGCAGAAAUCCAUAACUGCUUUGAGAAAUUAAACGAAUGUUGGCAAACGGUAAUGAACCAAAAAUUAAAAUUAAAAACUUAAUAAGUAUUAUUCACAUAAGUACUAUAUCGUUACCCUAAUAUAGAAGGUGGUGAGUAGUCGAAAAACUUUUGAACAUACUGUACUUGUACAUGCUGUACUUCAAAAAAAAAAAAAAUGAGCUAGGGCCUUGCUAUAUUAAGGUAACGAUAUGUUAGUAGUUGUUUAGCUGUUGCUUACCACUUUGUUUAACGUCGCGAUGAAAUUGUUGUGUGAAUUCAAUAAACUGUUGAUUACUCUA